AUGUCGCCAAUCCGCGUAGCCAUCGUUGGUCUCUCAUCCUCAGCAAAAGUGACAUGGGCCGCGGACGCUCAUUUACCAUACCUCCUCUCCUCCUUUGGCAAAAAGCAUUACCAGCUCGUUGCUCUUCUCAACUCUUCCACGCAAGCCGCAGAAGCAGCAAAAAAGACAUUCAAUCUCUCCAGCGAUGUAAAAGCAUACGAGGAUCCAGCCACUCUCGCCGCAGACCCUGACAUCGACCUACUCGUUGUAUGCACUCGGGUCGACAUACAUGCUUCCGUUGUCGAACCAAGCCUAAGAGCAGGAAAAGCAGCAUACAUCGAAUGGCCAUUGACGCAAGGUCUCGAUACUUCGCUGAACCUCGCAAAACUCACCUCAGAUCCCCGCAACAGUAUCAUCGGCCUGCAAGGGCGCGUCGCCCCAAUAACCUUACGAAUUAAAUAUCUCCUAGCCACAAACACCAUAGGGAAGGUAUUCAGCAGCCAGGUCCGCGCAUUUGGCAGCUUGAUGCAGCGCGACGCUCUUCCGGAGUCUCUUACGUACUUUGCAGAUAGGAAGGUAGGGGGGCAUCCAAUUAACAUCCAUUAUGGCCAUAUGAUCGAUUACGUGCAUGAGGUGCUUGGGGAAUGGGAAGAAUCACAUGCGAAGAUGCAAAUCCAGCGGCCGGAACUGAAGGUCUUGGGAGUUAAUGGAAGAGCCGGCAGGACUGUGAAGAGUGAUGUACCAGACCUGAUUACUGUGCAUGGUACGCUUGCUACCAACAAAGGUGUUACAGUGCCCGGGGCUAAGCUUACGGCUUCAUUUCGCCUUGGUCAGCCGUUCAAAGGCGAGCCUGGGCUUUCAUGGCAUAUUGCUGGUGAAACGGGUGAAUUGCGUGUCACUGCGCCUGGCCCUUAUCUCAUGUCCGGUGACUCGUUUAAUGGUCAGGUUACCAUCGAGCACCACGACCACGCGACUGAUGAGGUAGAAGACCUGGGUUGGGAUUGGCCAGAGUGGCAAAAAGAGCUGGGUCUUCGAGCGAGGAGCGUGGCGGAGGUAUAUGAGAGGUAUGCAGAGUGGGUGGAAGGGGGAAUGGGGGACGUGGCAGAAGGGAGAAACUGGCCCAGGUUGGAGGAUGGGGUGGGGUUCAUGAAGGAGUUUGACGAGAUCUACAGGAUGUUUGAUGAGGCGUGA